AUGUUUGGGGGCACCAGUCAAUUCUCAUUUGGCAGUACGGCAACGUCAAAUCCUUUCGGUGCGACAACAACCACUUCAGCUCCAGCUCCAGCAGCAAGCGGAUUUCUUUUUGGUUCAACACCGGCAGCCGGUACAGCUGCUCCAUCAGCACUAAAUUCAACAUUUACAUUCGGUACUCCGACUGUCAGUUCAACAGCAGCAACACCUGCUGCUACACAACCGCUUUCAUUCGGUACCGGCUUACAAAGUUCUUCAGCAAUUCGCCCAUUUGGUUCUACAACUACAUUCGGUACUACGACAACGACACCAGCUACAGGCACGACAGGCUUUGGUGGAACAUCAUUGUUUGGUGCGAGUCAGCCAACAGCUCAGCCAACAUCAAUAUUUGGGGCACCACAGUCAACCUUUGGUAGCGCUCAACCUACACAAACAACGGGAAUGUUUGGUGCACCGUUAGGCGCUGCCACCCAAGGUGGUACUACUGUCAAAUUCGAAGCUGUAUCGGCACAAGACACAAUGCGUACAAAAAACAAUACAUUUCAGACAAUCAAUACGAAAUUGCAGUGUAUUUGUGCAAUGAAAGAAUACAUAAAUAAAUCGUUGGAAGAAUUACGUAUGGAAGAUUAUCAAGCAAAUCGAAAAUUUGCAACAGCAACGUCUAUGUUUGGUUCGACUAGUUUUUCGGCUGCAACACCAUUUAGUCCUGCGCCAUUCAGUGGCACCGCCACAACGUUUUCAAGCGCACCAGCAGCAUCCACAACUUCAAGCAUUUUUGGUACCAGUAGCACAGCAACAACCAGUCCAUUUGGUGCACCAGCGACAUCGACAACGCCAUUUGCGUUUAAUACAAGUGCAGCACCAACCACGAGUAUAUUUGGUACACCGGCAGCUACAGCGAGUCCAUUUGGCACCGCAACUUCAACAACACCAGCGACCACAUCAAUUUUUGGUGCAACACAACCAACGACAAGUAUUUUUGGUUCGUCGACAACAGCAAGUCCUUUUGGUGCAAAACCAGCUACGACCCAAUCCACAUUCGGUUUUGGAACAACAACUAGUACAACUCCGGCGUUUUCUUUUGGCUCCCAGCCAGCUGCCAGUACGAGCAUCUUUUCACAACCAACAACUACCUCGCCUUUCGGAACUGCCGCGCCAGCAGCGACCACAACAAGUAUAUUUGGUGUACCAACAUCAACAGCUACGGCAGCUCCAACGAUAUCAAAUCCCUUUGGUACUCAACCUGCGGCGACAAGUAUUUUUGGCACAACAACUAGUACAGCUGCACCUGUAUUUGGUGCUGCAACCAGUACACCAGCAUUUUCAGGUUUUGGCGUUACUGCACCAACAUCAACAACAACAAGUAUAUUCGGUGCGCCGGCGACAUCAACAGCAACCGUUGCACCAGUGUUUGGAGGUUUUGGUACACAACCAGCAGCUGUCGCUCCAGCGCCGUUUUCAUUUAGUACAGCAACAACGAGUGCCCCUGGAUCGUCUAUAUUCGGUGCGCCUGCAGCAACAACAACAACAUCCUCAGUAUUUAAUCCUCAACCAUUUACAGGCUUUGGUUUUUCACAACCAGCUGCACCGGCAGCCGCCACUCAAUCAUUCAGCUUUUCAGCACCGUUCGGAUCGACAACAACUUUUGGUGCCGCACCAGCUGCCGCAACUGUUCAACCUCAACUUCAACAAGUUGUUCCAUUGGCACAACAAAGCUUUCUUGCAGCUUCACUUCUCAAUCCAUUCGCUAGUCGUGGAAAAAAAGAAUUCAACAAUAUUAAUCAAAUUCAACCGCCUACAAACUUGAUUGUCGUUUCUACUUCAUCAACAACAACGACAACGACAAUUUCCACCUCGUCAACAGCACCAAUAACUGUACCAUUACAAUCAAAUUCUCGUAAAACUUCAUCUGCUCGUCCAUUGGUUGAUAUUCGCUUCAAAUUACAGCCAGUUUCAUCGUCACCAACAGCAAACAUUGUUCACGAUGAAAUGAAAUCACCCAAUCCACAAUUGAAUACAUCAACUGGACAAGUGAAAAGUCCAUUAACAGCUGACUUUAGCGAAGAAGAAGAAGUUAUUCUGAUGGGCAAAAAUAAAAUGUCAAAAUUACGUUUGUCGAAUGACUUUAUCGACACAUCAUUUCAGUCCGAGUCAAUUCGUUCUUUAUAUCCACUGAGACGUCUUGCUGAACUCGAAACAAUGGCAAACAUGAACAAUAAUACAAAUAUUCUUUCUACUGUUCAUUCAGCUCCAUUAUCAACAACAUCUUCGACCACAAUCGAUACUGCUUCAAUUCGUGCUUCGUCAUCGUCAACAGUAAAUAAUGAGCAAACGUUACAUCCAUCAAAUAAUAACCGUGUAAUGUUACCACUCCAUCAUUCAACUCCGUUAGUUGUUCACAAACAACCGUCACCUCCCGUAACUCAUCCAUUAUCGACACUCGUUCAAUCGCCGACAUCUUCACCUCCGCCACCACGAUCAACUACUCCGCCUCCUCCCUCAUCUGCAUUCGCUCAUUCAUUCCAACGAACUAGACCAAUCCGUUCGAACACCGAUGCUCGUGCGUAUCAUCUGCCAAAAUUAACCCGUGAAGAUUACUACAUGAAACCGUCAACAGCAGAACUAAAAAAAUUCUUCGAUGAUAAAGGUCAAUGUUUUGUUAAACAAUUCACUGUCGGGCAUGAAAAGUACGGUUCAGUGACAUUCUAUGGACAAGUCAAUGUCGCAGGUCUCGAUCUUGAUAAAAUCAUCGAAAUCGAUCGACAUGAAUUAACAGUUUAUCCAGAUGAUAAUAACAAACCACCAGUGGGUGUCGAAUUGAACAUUCCUGCUCGUAUCACAUUACUUGGCGUUUAUCCAACCGAUCGCACAACACGAGAAGAAAUUCUCGACGUUGAACGUAUCAAAGCGAUGAAUUAUGGCGAAUAUUUACGUGAAGUAACGAAAAAAUUCGAUGGAGAAUUCAUAAACUACGAAGUUACCGACGGUGCAUGGACAUUCAAAGUCGAACAUUUCACACGUUACGGUCUCGAUGGUGAAGAUGAUUUUGUUGUUGCUAAACCGCCAUCACAACAACAACAACAACAACAGAGACAGCAACAACAACAGGCGAGACCCGCCAAUACGAAUUUCUUAGACCAAACUAUCGCGUUGAAUGAUACAUAUGCAUUGUCCUCACCAAAAUCUCAAGUAACGGAUAUGGAAGAAAAAGAGAAUACGACAACCUUGAUCCAUUCUCAUCAAUCCCAACCGAGCAAUUUACGCUUUGUCAAUCAGUCAUUGAUUGGUUUACAGCCAAAUGUUGUGGAACAACUAGCACAAUCCAUGUUCUGUGAUGAUGAUGAGGAUGACUUUGAUGGCUUUCAGCAAGCAAAUGACCGAAUGAUCACAUCCACUAAAAUCAUUACAUCUGAUAAUCGAUCAGUUCCAAUUGCUCAACCACUAAUAGAAAAAAGUGCAACCGUUGAUCACGAUAAAACCCAGUUAACAUUCAACGCUCCAACGAAACCUGUCCGUGAACGAAUUCAUUCGAAAUUGCCUAAAAACGUCGCAAAUAUUCGUGGAAAAUAUUUUCGAACAAAUCUUUCCCAUCAACUUCAAUACAGUUCCAUUGAUCCUUUAAAUGAAACACGUAUUCUUCUUCAAACACCACUGGCGUUCAAUGUUCAGCAUAUUGAAGACUUGAAUAAUUUCCUCGACAACUAUUUUACAUCAUGUACACAACAAAUCGACGGGUCAGGAACAACACCACGAUUUCGAGUUCAAAAAGAUGCGAAUGUUGUCCAACGGUUUAUCAAAUUUUAUACAGAAAUCUUAGACGAAAGAAAUAUGGAUGAUCAGAGUUCCGUCCAAACUUUCACUGAUUAUUCAUUACAAGUUCUUCAACUAUGUCGAUUGUUAUGGGGACCAGUUCAAAUACCAGAAAACAUUCAAAUAAUCAAUCGGCCAUAUUUUGAAGAUCAACGACGACGUCAAAUGUUAUCCGAUUGGUUACAUCAAUGUAUACUAAGUCAACCACCACAGCAGCAACCAUGGAUUAAGCAAAAUUGUGAAUUGCUAUCUCGUGGUUUGUUUCACGAUUGUGUGGAAUUUGCUCAAAAAGAAGGUGAUCUUCGAUUAGCUGCUCUUGUUCAUGCUGCAUCCGGUAGUAACGCUGUUCGCGAUGUUCUCCGUCAUUGUGCACAUGAAGAUAUUGUUGAUGUAUACACCAAAGACUUUCAGCGGACAAUCGGCAUCUUAUCCGGUGAAUUUAUCGUUAAAGGCCAUAACUUAGUUGAUCAAAACCGUGUGGUUUACUGGCAAAUGGCACUAGCAUUGCACCUAUGGUUUGCUAACUCUUCGUCAGAUUCAAUUUCGACCAUAGUUCGUGAUUUCGAAACGGCUUAUCGUGAACAUUACUGGCUUGAGCCACUUGCUCAUUAUGAAGGCAACACAAAAGCACCCGAUCUUCGUUGGAAAUUAUUGAAACUCUUCACCGAUGAUACGUAUCCACUCGACAACGUCUUCGAUGUCAACUCUUAUACCGACAAUGCAUUUGAUUAUCAACUCAGUUGGAUGUUGUAUAUAACACUUCAAUCAUUAGGCAGUAUUCCAUUGUCUGUUGAGAACGAUACAUGUUUACAUGUGAGUUUUGCUCGUCAACUUGAAAAUCUUGGCUAUUGGCAGCUCUCGGUCUUCGUGUUACUUCAUAUCAUUGAUUCGACGAAUCGCGAAAAAAUGAUCAAUGAAUUUCUUCAUCGUCAUGUUUCAUCAACUGUUGAUUUGAGUGAAGACGAACAGAGUUUGAUUGAUAAAUAUAAUAUUCCGUUGAAAUCAAUUCUUUCAACCAAAGCACAACGAGCAGAAUACGAUAAACAAUGGAUGAACGCUGUUCGACUUUGGAUUGAUGCAAAACAAUGGAGACGAGCACAUGAUACUUAUUGUCAUUACGUUUUUCAUGACACACUGUUAAAAGGAAACUAUGACUUCGCAAAGGAUGUAUUAGAUUCAUUAGAUCAUCAAAGAUCAAACAUUGCACAUUGGAAUAGACGAGGUGGUUUUGCAAGACAAUAUAUUGAACUAUUGGUCAUAUUCGAAAAGCUGAAGCAUGGACAAACUUCACUCACGAAUCGUAUCCAUUCGAAUAUCCUUUCUCAAGUACAACGAUUAUGUGAUCAACUGACUGAUAUUAUCGCUGACAAAUAUUUCAAAAAGUAUUCGAUCUCUCUCUCUCUUUGA